ACAGAGCUGACAGGGGCAGCAUGGCGGACGUACAUGUGCAUCCGCAAAACAAACUGCACCAAACGAUGAGCUAACAGGGGCAGGCUAAACGUUGCAUCCGUGAAAAGUUGGCUCGACCGUGUUUGGAUAUACUGCAGGAAUGGACGGUGAAAGCAAACUCCAGUUCCCGACUCUGCCUGUGACCGAGGAGGAGCUUCUGGACUGGGCUUACCCAAUGAGACGAGAAAUGCAGGAGAUUUUACCAGGACUAUUUUUGGGUCCCUACUCUGCUGCAAUGAAGAGCAAGCUUCCAAUUCUGGAAAGACACUGUAUAACACACAUCGUGUGCGUGCGUCAAGAUAUUGAGGCAAACUUUAUCAAACCUAAUUUUCCACAUACGUUUAGAUACCUGGUGUUAGACAUUGCAGACAAACCAGUGGAGAAUAUAAUACGAUUUUUCCCCAUGACUAAAGAAUUUAUUGAUAACUGUUUAGCAUCUGGAGGAAAGGUUCUGGUUCAUGGAAAUGCGGGGAUAUCAAGAAGUGCUGCCUUAGUGAUUGCAUACCUUAUGGAAACUUUUGGAAUGAAAUACAGGGAUGCAUUUAGUCAUGUUCAGGACAGGAGGUUCUGCAUCAACCCCAAUGUGGGCUUUGUGCAUCAACUACAGGAAUAUGAAGCUAUUUACUUGGCCAAAUUGACUAUUAAAAUGAUGUCACCAGUGCAGCUGGGCAGAUCUUUCUUGCAAGCUGGAGGACCAGGGAGUCGUAAACGCAGUCUGGAGGAAGAUGAGGACUUUGGAACAAUGCAGGUUACAGCUGCACAGAAUGGAUAAGAUUGGCUUACAUGCAGCGUACUGCACUCAUUUUUACAUUUUUAAUGGGAUUAAAAAUGUAGAUAUUUGAACUCUUUUUGUACAGGGGAGGGAUGGGGAUGAUGGCUCAUGUCUGAGACAUGGGUUUUUGCAGGGAAUUUGUUUUUUUUUUUCUCAUUGUAUGCACUGACAGGUGAUAUUUUGCAGUUUUAUAGUAUUUAAAGCAUUUUGCAUUUGCAGCGGGACAGUAUUGCAAUAAUGCACUUUCAAUACUUGAAUUAGUGUAGAUCUCCAGAAAAGGGCCGUUGGCUAAACUAAACAAGGCCAUGGAUGUUAGAGUGGAGUAGCUAUUGCCUUUUAUUGGAAGUAUAGGACUAUGGAGUAUGGACUAAUAUCAGGCUUAAUAAAUGGUAAGAAAUGGAAAAUAACUUGCUGCUUAAUAAAACAAGUCUGACUCAA